UUAGUUUUCAAUGCCUCAAUAAUUGAGCACGUGUUUACUGCUCGUUGGAUUUUAAAUUCUUAAAUUAAGAUGGCUUCGUUCAAGAAAACUCAAAUUAGAAGUUUACCCAAGAUUGGACAAAAAGUUACCGCCGAUACAUUGUAUUGGAGAAAACUUAACUUUCCCGUUACUGUCAAAGAAUUCGGACCCAUUGACUACAUCGAUGUUAUGCCAAUAGAGCCCUAUUUCAUCGCUGUUUCUAGUGCUGCCAAAGUUCAAAUAUAUAAUCCAAUCACACAUCAAGUUCACAGGCAUUUCACACGAUUCAAGGAGGCAGCUUAUGGUGCUUCCAUAAGAUCAGAUGGUAAACUGGUUGUUGCUGGAUGUGAUGAAGGACACAUCAAACUUUUUGACAUUGGUUCAAAAUCACUUCUGCGAAUAUUUAAGGGACAUAAAGGACCUGUUCACCGCUGCAAAUUCACAGCAGAUAAUGUUCAUGUUGUCAGUUUUUCUGAUGAUAAGUCUGUUGCCUUAUGGGACCUUCCUAGUGAAACUGAAAUUAUUAAAUUCUCUGAACAUUCGGAUUAUGUGAGAGCUGGAUGUGUUUCAAGCAUCAGCUCAGAUCUUUUUCUUUCUGGUUCAUUUGAUCAUACAGUUAAGUUGUAUGAUGCUAGGAGUCCAACUGGUAGCACUAUUUCAGUUGACCAUGGUUCCCCUGUGGAGAGUGUGCUCAUGUACCCUGGCAAUUCUAUUUUUGUUUCUGUUGGUGGUACUGAACUUAGAGUUUGGGACAUGCUAGCCGGUGGUCGAUUGCUUGCAAGGGUCUCGCAACAUCACAAAACCAUUACUUGCUUACACUUGGCAUCAGACGGGAAACGACUUGUAACUGGUGGUCUCGAUCGUCAUGCUAAAAUCUAUGAUGUUCAGAGCUAUCAAGUGGUCCAUACUCUUGACUUCCCCUCACCUGUACUUAGCUUGGGAAUCACGCCUGACGAUUUUACUGUGGUAGCUGGAAUGGCUAACGGUUUAAUCUCGAUGCAGCACAGACAAACUCCGGCUGAAGCGCGAGCUUUGAUCCCAAAGCAGUCCUUGAAAGAUCAGAAAAAGUCACAAACUACAUAUCGUUUCCGUUUGAAUGCUGAUUUCCGAAACGUCAAUCGAACUUUCAAUCCUGCAACUGAUGUCGAGGUUGCCACAAAAAAUGACAACUCUUUAGUGUCUCGAUAUGACAUGUUUCUCCGGAAAUUCCAGUACAGCAAAGCAUUAGAUACAGUUUUAAGCAAAUAUAUUAGAAAAAAGAAACCUGCUAUUACUGUUGGGGUGAUGCACGAAUUAAUAAGACGGAACGGCUUAAAAUCUGCCCUGGCAGGUCGUGACGAUAGCUCAUUGUCAAUCAUUCUGACAUUUUUGGCUCGAAACAUCAAUGACCCGAGUCAUUCAAAAAUUAUAAUUCAAGUGGCAAAUACUUUGCUAGACGUAUACGAGAACAGCUGUUUGACACCCCAAUCAGAGAAACUGUUCCUUCAUCUACAAGAGCACGUUAACCGAGAAGUAGAGUAUAUGAAGCAUUUAAUGGAGAUAGAAGGCAUGCUGCACAUUUUACUCGCCUCAACUACCACGCAAACAAGAAGAGGUCCCGUUAACAUCGGACAGGGUCCCCCUGUUAAAGUAAUGCUUCCGUCUGCUGCUGCCGCUGCGAAUGCCACCAUGGUUUACAACGUCGGAUAAAAGACACAUUAAUAAAAGCGGAUUCGAUUGACAGUAAAAAUAA